AGGAGACGGAGAGGGAGUACACGGAUAGAUGUCCAGCGCCAGUGUGUUGGCGAGAUUAAACAUGAAAACAGGAGUUGACGAGGCACGCGACUCCUGUGCUCCACUCCGCGUGUUUUCCUGCGUCCUCGAAUGAGGUGGGCCGGGGUCGGGGUCGGGGUCCUUCGAUAGCGGGGCUGCCGGCGGCCGGAUGGAGCCCUGCUGCAUGGCCAUGGGUGAAGUGUCGAAGAAAGCAUCCUCUCGGAAUGUGGCGGUGGAGAGGAAGAACCUCAUCACCGUCUGCAGGUUUUCCGUGAAGACCCUCCUUGAGAAAUACACGGCCGAGCCCAUCGAUGACUCAUCGGAGGAGUUCAUCAACUUUGCAGCCAUCCUGGAGCACAUUCUCAGCCACCGUUUCAAAGGCUCGGGUAGCUGGUUCGAUGGCCAGAGGAGUUUCUGGGACUUCGUUCGACUGGCUUGUGUCAAACUGCCCAACAGCUGCAUUAGCAGCAUCGAGAGUAUGGAGAACAUCAGCCCCUCACGAGCAAAAGGCCGAGCCUGGAUAAGAGUGGCCUUGAUGGAGAAGAGGCUGUCAGAAUAUAUAGCUACUGCCCUUAGGGACACAAGGACAACAAGGCGCUUCUAUGCAGAGGGAGCUAUCAUGCUAAGAGAAGAAGCCAGCGUGCUAACUGGGAUGCUCAUAGGCCUCGGAGCCAUAGACUUUAGUUUCUGUCUAAAAGGGGAAGCCUUGGAUGGCAAAUCCUCCGCAGUUGUUGACUACACACCAUAUUUGAAAUUCACACAAAGCUACGACUACAUGAGUGAUGACGACGACCGCCAGAGUGUCGACAGCAGCACGAGCGAUGACAGCAUCCCCGAGCAUCCUUACGUGCCACUGGUAACAGACGAGGAGAGCUGGAGCACAAAGUGUCGCAAGAUGGAGCAGAGGUUCAAGAUUGUUCAUGCUCAGAAGGGUUACUUGGAGGAGCUGGUGCGGCUGCGUGAGUCCCAGCUGAAGAACACCGAGGUGGAGAACAAGAGGCUGAUGGCCCGGCUGGAUGAGCUGCACGGCCAGAGUCAACAGGAGAAGAAAGAGCUGGAGACCGUCGUCCUCGAGCUUCAGGAGCAACUAACAUGUUUGAUUCCAUGUGACGGCAGCCACUUGGCCAAGGACCUGACCAUCCCGUUACUGAACCAAUGGCCUCUGUGCGAGCCGUACGACAGUCAGGACCGCGUCAAGCUCUUCCGCAGGAGGAGUUUCCCCAGCACAGAGCUGCUGUCAGUGGAGAUUAGUCUGGAUUCAGACCCUCUAAUGCCGGAGCGGAAGCAGAACGGAGGUGCUUGGUACACAGAAAGGGACUACACCCCUUCCCUGAUGGGACUUUGUGGCUCCUUGGGCUCCUUUCCAAGCUGCAAGUCUCUAUCAAGCCUCAAGUCCAGUGAGUGCCUGGUCAACAUCAGCACAGAGAAUAGUCCUGCCCUCUCUCCCAGCUAGGGGCCACCAAAGCCAACACUACCGUCCAGUUUCCAGACACCAAAAGACAGUUCAGUGUGAAACAAAAGGUCAUAAUAACACAUCUUGAACUUUCAUCACUUUCUUUUGAGCCUGUCCCUCUCUUAACUUACGCUAUUUUAUGUGUUUGUGAAAGAGUAGCAGGACUUUCCGAGGAAAAAAAGAAAUAAAAAAUCAGCUGCUCUACUGCCAGACGGCCUUCUUCACACUGACUGAAUUUCGUCAGCUUGGCGCUGCUGUCGUUUAGAUGUCAGUUUUAUCAUUCAGUUUCAUCAUUUUUUUCCUGACAGUUGCGUUAUCGUGGCAGACGAGCUGGUAACAGCAAGAGAAACAGCUAGCUUUGCUAGCUUAUCUUAAAGACCCUGUAAAGUGAAUUCAGAGAUUUGUUUCUGCACACAUGACACAUAUUUGAAGAUAAUUGCUAAUUGGUAUCUGGCGCAAUUGUGAUGUGCAGUUAGCUAGCGAGCUAUACCUACAACCCAAAAAUGCAUCUUCCCUCCGGAUAGUCUGCUGACGUGGCCGUUUUAGAGUGCCUUGUUGUUGGCCAUGAGUGCACUCACGUCACACAGAGAAUGUCGGAAGAGCGAAGAAAGGAUGUCAGAUUUUUGACUUAACAGCCAGCAUGUGUGGGCUGGUGUGGCCGCUUAGAGUGCCUAAAUUGUAGUGGGAGUAUACACGUGUCACAGAAAGAAGGUGAAAGAGCGAGAGUGGGAAAAAAAUAGUCAGACAUGACAGAUGUAUGGACAGGGGGUUCGCGCUGGUGUGGCCGCUUUAGAGUGAGUGCCUUGUUGUCGCGGCAUGGAAAAGCCCUGCAAUGACCUGGUGGCAGUGGGAUAUAUUCCACGCACGAUUUCAUGAUUUUGAAGCCUCAUUUUAUAUAUUUAACUUUUUUUUUUGUUAGUUUUUUAUCAUUCGAAUUUUGCAGUUUUGUAAAAUACACUCUUUGUUUUUUCUAAUUUAGAAGACAUUUAUUUUCACUUUACAGGGACUUUAGUGUCAAACUGCAAUGAUGUCAAACAAAAAGAUUCUGAUACUUUCUUGCCAGUUUCGAUGUCGCCAAAUCAAAGGUUAGAGGUUCGGAUAGGACAGAUUAGCUUCAGGCGUAACGAGGUUCGCGGAGGCAUUACAGUGCGAACGGACAAAUGCAAAGUACAUCAUGACUAUGCAGAAUGAAUGUUUCCAUUGUCGUUUUCAACAAACCAAGCGUGAGCAGGGGAGAAACAAGCGACUGUCCAAACCGUUUAUACAUGGCCCUCAUUGUUUGACCUGGGAAUUGCUCUCAGUAGAUGAUUAAUUUGUUUCUCAGCAUCAGGUAGAAUUCUGUAAUCUUUGCAAUGAGAGCUCUGUGGCACGUUGUUAUUUCAAUGCAAUAA